UGCUGGAGGUUUGCGCAUCGCCCGCGAGAUCGUGCGGCGGCAUGAGGGGCUGAGGGAGCGCGCGGACACGACCCAAACACAGUUUUCCAUGUAUUCUGUAAUUCUGCUCCUCGAUACACGGGAUUUAAUAAUCACCGCCGGGAAACAACUGACCGUCACCAUGGUGCAUCACUCGGGUUCAAUCCAGUCCUUCAAGCAGCAGAAAGGCAUGCACACCAGCAUCAGCGAGAUCCUGAAGGAGAAGAGCCUGAAGCCGUCUCGCCGCAGCCUGCCCUGCCUGGCCCAGAGUCAGACUCAUCCAAUCAACCUCAACCACUUCCUGUCUGUGCCUCUGAGCCCGGAGCCCAAACCAGAAGUCGAAGCUCUGAGUCAGAGCAUCAGCACUUCCUGCAGCAUCCUCCCCCCACAGACAGCAGAGGAUGGCAAGGAUCGUUAUACAGAGGAGUCGGAGGUGACUGCGUGUGAAACGAGAGUGGACGAGUCAUUUCUACUACAAAAGCCUUCCAUUCGUGCUAAGUUAGAGGCCCGCACGGAUUCACUUAAGGGAAAGAAACCUGCUCAUUCCUCUGGACUCUUUUUCCGAGAUGGGAAAAAACGUAUCGACUACAUCCUGGUUUACAAGAAGUCCAGUCCACAGGUGGAGAAAAGGUGCACGUUCGAGAAGAACUUACGUGCUGAGGGCCUGAUGUUGGAGAAAGAGCCGUCGCUGACGAACAACGACAUCAUGUUUGUGAAGGUCCACGCUCCUUGGGACACACUUUGCAAAUAUGCAGAGCAGAUGAACAUCAGAAUGCCUUUCAGGAAAAAAUGUUACUUCACAGACUGGAAGAGCAAAGCAUUGGGCAGCAGGUUCCAUCGGAGAUGUCGUCAGAUAAAAAGCUGGCUUCCCAGAAAUCCCAUGAAGCUGGACAAAGAGGCCUUGCCUGACCUGGAGGACACCGACUGCUACACAGCCCCGUUCAGCAGAGCACGCAUGCAUCACUUCACUAUCAACAACCGAGAAACCUUCUUCUCCAAUUCCACCAGAAGCAGAAUAGUCCAUCAUGUCCUGCAGCGCACCAAGUACGAGGAGGGGAAAUUAAAGAUAGGUAUCAACCGGUUAUUGGAAAACAACACCUACGAGGCUGCAUUUCCUCCUCACGAGGUAAGGCAGCUUUUUUAUUUUUUUCACAGAGAUAUGCAUAUUGUCAAACUGUACUUUUCCUCCUGUAAUGUAGAUUCUCUUUUAAACACAUUGUCUCAUCAGGGUGGUUACAAGAGCCGACAUCCUAUCAAGACACACGGAGCCCAGAACCACAGGCAUCUUCUGUACGAGCGCUGGGCCCGCUGGGGCAUCUGGUAUAAAUACCAGCCUCUUGACCUCAUCAGACGUUACUUUGGAGAGAAAAUCGGCCUUUACUUUGCGUGGUUGGGCUGGUACACCGGCAUGUUGAUCCCUGCCGCCCUGGUGGGCGUUUUUGUCUUCCUCUACGGUCUCUUCACCAUGGACUCUAGUCAAGUCAGUAAAGAAAUAUGUGAAGCCAACACUACCACCAUGUGUCCCAUGUGUGAGAAGAACUGUGGCUCGUGGACGCUGAGUGACAGCUGCGUCUACGCAAAGGUGACCCAUCUGUUUGACAAUGGCGGCACUGUGUUCUUUGCAAUCUUCAUGGCUAUUUGGGCCACGGUAUUCCUGGAGUUCUGGAAAAGAAGGAGGGCAGAGCUGACUUAUGACUGGGAUCUCAUUGAUUGGGAAGAGGAAGAGGAGGAGCUGCGGCCUCAGUUCGAAGCCAAGUACUCCAGGGUGGAGAGAGUCAACCCCAUCUCUGGCAAGCCCGAGCCGUUCCAGCCGUUCUCAGACAAACUCAGCCGACUGAUGGUGUCUGUGUCCGGAAUAUUCUUCAUGAUUUCCCUGGUUCUGACGGCCGUGUUUGCCGUGGUGGUUUUCCGCCUCAUAGUGAUGGAGAAGUUUGUCUCCUUCAACUGGAAGUUUGUGAAGAAGAACUGGCAGUUUGCCACCUCCGGCACCGGCGUCUGCAUCAACUUCAUGAUCAUCAUGUCUCUCAACGUGGUGUAUGAAAAGGUGGCCUAUCUGCUGACUAAUUUAGAGCAUCCGCGGACAGAGUCUGAGUGGGAGAACAGCUUCGCUCUGAAGAUGUUCCUCUUCCAGUUCGUAAAUCUGAACAGCUCCACAUUUUACAUCGCCUUCUUUCUUGGAAGGUUUGCUGGCAGGCCCGGAAAAUACAAUAAACUCUUUAACCGAUGGAGACUGGAGGAGUGCCACCCGAGCGGCUGUUUGAUUGAUCUGUGCCUGCAAAUGGGAGUCAUCAUGUUCUUCAAACAAAUCUGGAACAACUUCAUGGAGCUCGGUUAUCCUUUGCUGCAGAACUGGUGGUCUCGCAGGAAGAUAAAGAAAGGAGGUGGAGGAGGGCAGAAUGUAGACAAUAAAGCCCAGCUCCCGCAGUGGGAAAAAGACUGGAAUCUGCAGCCGAUGAACACCCAUGGACUGGUGGAUGAAUACCUUGAAAUGGUUCUCCAGUUUGGCUUCACCACCAUCUUUGUAGCAGCAUUCCCGCUGGCUCCUCUCCUGGCUCUGCUCAACAACAUCAUCGAGAUUCGUCUUGACGCCUACAAGUUUGUCACUCAGUGGAGAAGACCCAUGCCGGCCCGAGCCACUGACAUCGGUAUCUGGCAUGGGAUCCUCGAAGGAAUCGGCGUGCUGGCAGUCAUCACCAACGCCUUUGUCAUCGCCAUCACCUCAGACUACAUCCCCCGCUUUGUGUACGCCUUCAAAUACGGCCCGUGUGUGGACAAGGGGCAUCACCACGAGGAUGAGUGUCUGCGAGGCUACAUGAACAGCAGCUUGUCUGUGUUCGACAUGGGCGAGUUCGACAACAGCAGCCAGUCCAGGUACUGCAGGUACCGGGACUACAGAGCGCCGCCCUGGAGCUCGGUUCCAUACGAAUUCACCCUGCAGUUCUGGCACGUCUUGGCUGCCAGGCUGGCCUUCAUCAUCGUCUUUGAGCACCUGGUGUUUGGGAUCAAGUCCUUCAUAGCGUACCUCAUUCCGGACAUGCCGAAGGGUCUGUGUGAUCGCAUGAGGAGGGAGAAGUACCUGAUGCAGGAGAUGAUGUACGAAGCGGAGCUGGAGCACCUGCAGAAGGAGCGGAAGAAGAACGGACGGGGGUAUCACCACGAGUGGCCUUAGCUUUACCCCCACGUCUCCACUACACGCCUCACAACUCACAGGCACAACCCCUUCCUGCCUGCUUGUUUAUGUAUUUUAGCUUUGAGAGAGUCCAGCUUCACUCGGCUGAUUCUUUUACACCAAAGACACCUUCUUCAGUGACCAGAUCCCUCGCUCCACCCCACCCCCCGCAGGCCUGCUUGGCUUCAGCUCAAGCUCCGACCCGGAACCCUCUCUCACCAUCUGUUGCUCGUCCGGCGUUGGCUCUUUUUCUCGGUUUCUGCCACGCCCCUGAUCCCUCCCCUGGCUGCGUCCAGCAGGUUGCCCUCGGGUCUUUGCUGUGUCAUGGCUUUACUUGAGGGAAAACCUCUGCAAUUGCAACGUCUACUAUGCAGAUCAAGGGCUGCAGAUCACCACUGUUCGCUCUUGGCAUCCAUCCCGCACUCUCCUCUGUGUGGCAGCUAGCACUUCGCUUUGGCUCUGCAGUCCGACGCAGCCCGCAGCAUGGCCGUGUAUUUCUACCACGAGUGGCGUUAUGUGACAGAGCUGCUGUGGCACUUUAAUGUUGCAAAUGUGAUUCUGGUAUUUUGUGGCUACCAAAUAAAAUGGACUGUUCUUGCAAAGUGACUGUAAAUUGCCCUUGAAGCAUGCUGAUUCAAAUUUGCUACCAUUUCAUAGACUGCAACAAAAAAAAAUAACAUAACAACAGCAGCACUCAUCGUUGAGGGUGUGAACAUCCAUUCAGUACAUCCGACAAAGAAUUCUCUAUGGAAUCGUAUAAAGUGCAUGAUAAUUUUGUUUCGUACCUUUCUGACGGAUAAAGCCCCUGUUCUUGAUGCCUGGUUCACACGUGUCUGUACUCGGUGUGUGCUGUCUGUUGAUCUCUGUCUGUGCAACUGCUGAGCUUGACCGUCUUGAGUCGAGAAUCUGUGAACUUUGUGCAAUUUGAUUGUGCCUACAGUUGUGUGCACCACAAUUGUGUCACCAACAUCACGUGUGCCUGUUUGUGCUGCACGUGCUGUUUUUUCUUCAAGUGCAAGGAAAUAUUCUCUCUCUUCGUUUCGUCAUCCAAUCUGCUGUAAACUCUCUGAACCCUCCUGCCAGGAUUUGUUUUGGACGCGAUUCACACCGCAGUACCUGCUCGGGUCUCUGCUAAUGGCUCUGAAACACACGGGCCGUGUACAUUGUAACGCGACUCCCAGCGUGAAGCAAUGUACACACUCGCAUGCAGGAGCUACAAAUCUGCUCUUCCGUUCUGCGCCCGCAGCCUGUUUUUCAUUUGCUGUUGGAAACGCUGAAGCGUGGUUGAAACUUGGAUCACUUGGGCAUACCUGUGGCUUGAAUGUUCAGUUUGCAAAGAACAUCCAUCCACUGUUCCUCACUCCGAAAGUACAGCAAGAGUCUUAACUGCCAGUGUUUCACUGAGCAGAUGUGGUUACAGAGGAUUUCUGACCUUUAUCAGUGUGAAAAUGAGAAAUUAGGUUUUUGAUAAAAGCAGAGUCCUGAUGUUGGGGAUUAGAGCAGCGUGUUUUUAUCCAAUGAGAACUCAGGAUAUCAGGCAGCAUGAGCGACACAUCUGUCUAUGAGGGUGAAUCGUAUAAUGUCCUGUUUCAUUCAUGUUGGUAUCGAAGGUUAUGGAGGAUGUACAGUGAGGUAUUAAUAUUCUUAGUAGGUGAUGAAAACUCCAACUCACCCAGUAAAGGUCCCAGUGGUCAUGUGAGGAUGGUAAAGACCGAGAGUUAACCACAUUAUGCACAGUAAAAAGUGAAAGUAACGUGUGAAGGUGAAGAAAAUCCCUCCCCUGAAUGCAUUGCACAACACUGAGAAACGUAUUCCUCAUUUAGCAAGAAUUGUACAUUAUUUGUAUUGAUUUCCUUUGCUGUUCUUUCUACAUUUUCUGAUGUAUGUAAUGUUUUUUAUACAUUUAAAACUGUGCUAUAUGAGUUCACAUGUUUUCACCCUCAGACCGACAAACGUCCACAUUUCUCAGGUGUCCUCUGAAUGUUUGCUGAUGAUCAAUGUGUUGUCAUCUUUUCUACGAUGCAAUCCAAGCUGUCCUGCUUUUUUUAGAUAUAUAUUUUUGCACCGCGUUACAUUGCAUGACUACACUGCACAUUCACCAAUAAAGGCAUGUUUGAUUUUCUUCUUGCACAAUCCCAGUGAGAUCCUAAGAGCAGAUCGUUAAACAAUGGCAGUUAGAGAUUUAUGAUGCAGGCUAUUGGAUUAAAUAUAAUUGUGUUUUUAUGUCAAUCAUCAUCGUUGCAUUCACAAGAGAGAGAGAUAUUUGUUUAAAAAUCUUAUUCCAAUAAUGUUUAGGAAACUAGUGCAGGUUUUCAGAAUAUCUUCCCUGCUAUGUGAACAUUGAAAAUCUAUGCAUGUUGUUCUCCUCGAGCGCUACAUUUCUUUUUGAAUAGACGCAGAUGUAAAUGUCCUGGUACAUUUGUACUGUAGUGUUAUGCAUGAAAUGACACCUGCUUUGAGCAACUUACAGCAUCUUAAAACAUAUCACCUCCCUUUCCCCCGGUGUUGAUCCUUUCUGGAGGUCAGGGCGAGACAUGUGUACGUUUCUUGAUGUGGCCGAGUUUUAUACUGUUAGAGUGUUUUAUAAAUAAUUAUCGACUCCAGACUGGUUUGUUUAAUCUGUCCUGGACUGAGUUUCAAGGGGAGGUUGAUAAAAUGCAACUCAGACUUGUUUUGUUUGCACACUCAACAGCAAAUUAGAAGUUUGUUUACCCUCUAACAGCUGCAGUGUUUAACCUAUUACGAUAUGGGGUGAUGUCAUGAAUAAUUCCAUGACCUUGUUUCAUUUGCCCGCCUGCUAAUCAUCUCUGGAUGGAUCUCUCUCCCGUUUUCUUCUCUUUCUCUGAGAGCAUCAGCUCACGUUCUCCCCGAUUCAAAUGCUGCACAGCAGUGGCGAGGUGUUUCUCAGGCCUUCUGCUGUUGGCAAUAGCACAACAUGGGUAUUGUGUAAUAAGUAAUAACGGCAUGACCUUGCACAUCUCUGAAAAAAAUAGCGGUCGAGAGAGGAUCAAGCGUUCUGCUCGAUGCCGCGCCUCCUAAUAGGAUGAUGUACCUGAUGUGGAAGCACAGUGACAUUUUCAAGAUUCAACUGUACAAUACGAUGGUAUCAGUGGUGACAUGAAGUGUAUUAGUGACAUUGUUUACUUCGUUCCUGUUUACAUGUAAAAACAUACUGAAAUGUAUAAAUAAUAUGACAUAAAAUUAUUUGGAUAUCACUCUUUUUCUGUAAUAAAUCAUGGAUUGUAUCUUUCAAAUCA